GACAGAAGGGGAGGUUCAGUGCAAACACACUUAAACCUGAAUACUACAGGUUGUUCAGGACCGCCACUGAUUACAGGACUCAGUUCAAACACGCAGCAUGGAGGUCAAACUGCUCGCUGUGCUCGUGGUCGUACUGGUUACAGGAGGAAACGCACAGAUAGACGUUUGCGGCAUCGCUCCGCUCAACACUAAGAUCGUGGGAGGCGAGGACGCCCCCCCGGGGUCGUGGCCCUGGCAGGCCAGUCUGCACAGUAGCGGCGGACAUUUCUGUGGAGGCUCCCUGAUCAACAACCAGUGGGUCCUGACCGCUGCUCACUGCUUCUCCAGCGCCAGCACAUUCGGGUUCAUCGUUUACCUCGGACGCGACACCCAACAGUCCCUGAACCUUAACGAGGAGUCCCGGACCCUGUCCCAGGUCAUCCGACAUCCGGACUACAAUGCCGACACCAACGACAACGACGUGUGCUUGUUGCGUUUGUCCUCACCUGUUGACUUCUCCAACUACAUCCGACCAGUGUGUCUGGCGGCGGACAGCAGCGCCUUUGAUGCCGGGACGACCACUUGGGUGACCGGAUGGGGAACCAUCGACUCCUCUGGCAUUUCCCUUCCUUUCCCACAGCGGCUGCAGGAGGUGAGCGUUCCCAUCGUGUCCAACAGUCAGUGUAACAAUGAUUACGGCGGAGGAAUCACUGACAACAUGGUCUGUGCCGGUCUGCAAGACGGAGGGAAGGACUCCUGUCAGGGGGAUUCAGGAGGCCCGAUGGUCAGUAAAAACGGCUCUCGGUGGGUUCAGGCUGGAGUGGUGAGUUUUGGAAGCGGCUGUGCUGAUCCAGAUUUCCCAGGAGUCUACGCCCGAGUGUCCCAGUACCAGUCCUGGAUCAACAGCCAGGUCAGUGGGGACCCGCCAGGCUUCGUCACCUUCCAGGGCGACGGUUCGACCUCCGCCGCCGCUCAGCUGGUCUCCCUCUCGGUUCCUCUGCUGCUGUCCGUCUUACCGGUUCUCUUCUCGCUCUUCGUCCUGUUAUAGGACGUUUAAUGUCUCUCUAUCACUGUCUCAUGUUUUUAAAACAAGCAACACAAAUGUGCUCAGGUAUAAAAUAUUCUGUUUCCAGAGCAGUUUCCUGCAUUGAAGGAGUUUUACAGAAAUUAAUAUAAAAAAAAAGUUUUUUACGGAUUAUUUUCUCCAUUUUGUCUAAAGAAAUGACAGAAAAUAGAGAAAUUAUAUCCAACACACUUUUUACUUUAUCUUUGACCUUUACAAUCCAUCAUUUAAAUGAAAAUUGAACAAAUCAAGUCUUAAAAGCUCUUUAAGGUGAAUGUAUUAACAAUUAAACACAAAUUAACAGAUUUGAAAAAGAUAACUGAAUUCUCCGUAUUUAUGAACUCAAAUAUUAAACAUUUGCACUGAUGGUGAAUUUUAUUAUUUCUGAGCUUUAACCUGCGAUGUUACAGGAGGAGUGACGGUCUUUAAUCUGUGAUUCAUUAACUACUGUAACUAUUAAUGCACUGUGCGCCUGUUACUGUGAUUUACUUUUUAAGCACAUAAAGUAUGAAUUAGUACAAAGAUCACAUUGCACACAUGUUCAUAUUUGUUUGGUAUCUUACUGUAAGUAAAUCUUUUUAAAAACACUAAAUACAAUCUCUGUAUCUUUUGACUGUGUUAUGUGAAAUAAAUGCUUUUUUCUUAA